AUGCUCGGGUCCAAAGGCUGGAGUAGCCUUGUUUCGUGUGUUUUAGUCACAGUAUGUAUAAGCCCUGCUAUUGUGGCACCAUCUUUGGCCAAAGAUGCCCAGAUGCCCCUUAACCCUCAUAGGGGUUCGAUAUUGCAGUGGAAAGACUGCGGUGAAGCUAACAACCAUACUCUCCAAUGUUCCCGACUGGAUGUUCCCAUGGAUCAUUUUAGCCAACAGUCCGACAAGGCUUUCUCGAUACCUAUCAUUAGAAUGCUAGCCAAGAAUGCAUCUGCAACCGGAGAUAGACAUAUCUUCCUGAACCCCGGGGGACCUGGAGCCAGUGGAGUGGGCUUUCUGCGGGGAUCUGCAUCCGAUCUCAAUAAGCUCAUUGGGGAAGACUUCCACUUACUCAGUUUCGACCCUCGUGGCGUAAGUGGAUCAAUGCCGAAAGCUGUUUGCUACGCAAGCAACGCCGAACGCACUGCCGCGUUCGCCAGCAACCCUUGGGACCUUCAGUUCCAAGCCGGCGAGAUGUACACCAGGGCCGAGAAUAAAGCAAAUGCUUGUGAAGAUAUGAUGGGCGAAUAUGGGAGAUACAUAAACACCCCACAGAUAGCUGCUGAUAUGGACUUGAUUCUUGACGCGAUCGGACAGCAGAAGAUGUUUUAUUGGGGACUUAGUUAUGGAACCACACUCGGUCAGACAUAUGCGCAAAUUUUCCCAGAGCGGGUCUCCCGAAUGGUACUUGACGGCAUCAGUGAUCUGGAUGAAUGGUACAAUUCCUUUUUAUUCGAAGAGUACUUAACCGACACAGACAAAAUCUUCACCGGCUUUGUAGAAGAAUGUUUCAAAGCUAAAGAAGCUUGCCCGUUGCGCUCAAUCAAGGGAGAGCAAUCGAGGUCGCCUAGCCAACUUCAGUCCCAUAUUGUUAGCUUCUUGCGCGAGCUUGAAGAAGAGCCAAUUCCCGUUUACUUAAAUAGCACGAGUUAUGGUGCAAUCACUCGACGAAGUCUAGUACGCAACGGAAUAUUAUUCGCCCUAUACAAGCCAUCAACUUGGCCUGCCUUUGCACACAACUUGGUUGAGCUACUUAACGGCAACACGACCCCUGCUUACAACGCAUACUCCGAGUCAUGGGUUCUCAAGUAUCUCGUCGAUGAUUCCACUACCUUCAUUGGUUUGAAUGAUAACCGAAAAAGCGGGAAGGAUGCCCCAGUACAUGGUAUUAAGCCGAUCUACAAUUAUGUUAGUUCCAGAACGGAAAUGUCCUUUUUGGUAUCAAAGUAUCAAGGAUCUGAUAUCUAUGACCGAGCCUCGUGGUCGCUUCCCACAACCCAUGGCUUCCACCCUCGGUGCUAUCCUGGGUCUCCCCGGGUGAAAACAGCUGAGCCAAUACUGAUAUUGUCGACUACCUGGGAUCCUGUGUGUCCGUUAAUAUCUGCAAAGAAAGCUCAGAACAGCUUUGAAGGCGCUCGCCUUGUGCAGCAGAUAUCGUAUGGCCACUGUACUCUCAGCAUGCCUUCAUUAUGUACCGUUGGACAUCUGAGGCGGUAUCUCAAUGAAGGAGUACUACCGGAGCCCGAAGCAACGUGUGGCAUUGAUGCUGACUAUUUCCCAUCUGCUCGGGGAUCUGCAGUAUCUACUUUGAGCGUGGAAGAGGAGGAUUUGCUCGGUAGUCUUCAUGAAUUAGCGACUAAAGGUGUCUUCCUUAUUAAAGGCCAAGUGUAA